AUGGGUGCUUCAUCUUCGACGGAUAACAAAGAGUCACCGGAAAAGCGAGAAAUCGAAAGCCUUGCCGCUUCCACCGGAGCUCUCCCUUUACUUCAACGCUCUUUCUCCAAUCUCGCAGAUUCUCAAUCCAACACUGUUUCUUUUCAAUCCUUCAAGCAAAGUUUCUGCUUGAGCUACAACACAACUACUUCCGAAGGAAACCAGAAAAUCCCAGAUUCAUUUCCCAAAUUAUUGGAGCAAUUAGGAUCAUCUUUAGUAGAUUUGUUCUUCGUACCUGAGAAAGGAGGAGGAUUGAGCUGGGUCGAAUUCGCUAAAGGCUAUGUCAAAUGCUGCGGAAGAAUGUCAGCUUCAAUGUCAUUCAACACUCUGUUGAGACUCUUCCACGUCACAUCCCAAAACGCAGGCAUUUCUUCGAAGCUAGAGUUCGAAUCUGACGAAUCCGAUUGCAAGAUCAACGGCUCGAUUUCGGCGACGGAGCUGCUUACGUUUCUGUGGAUGUGUUGGACGAUGUCUUGGGAUGGUCGAGCCACAAAGUCUGAGAAUGAAUUGUUUCUUCCGGAGAUUAGUCAUUUGAUUCUCUCAGCGAUUGUUUCUUGCACUGAAUCUGGAGAGAGCUUAGAUGUUUGGGACUCUUCUGCUGAUGUUCUCGGAUUAGAGCUUGAGAUUCCUAUUGGAAAGUUUCUUACUUGGGCUGUGACAACGAUUCCUAGCGUCACUGAGUGUCUUGGUCACUUUUGUAACUCGAGACUUCAACAUUCUUUGAGUGUAGAGGAUGGAUCUGGACCUUCAAAUUCAGCUGAUUCUGCGUCCAAGACAUCUGAAAACGUACUUCUAACAUGUGGAAGAGCAUGGGCGAUUUCGUUGGCGUGCAAAAACACAAUCAGCGAGGAGAUUUUGAGCUCUUGUUUUCCGGGGAAUAGCGAUGAAACCAAUGAACAUCUUCUGUACCGCUCAAAAUAUCACGGGAAAGGCAUGAAUAGACUGUGGUCUAACGUUCAAGGGUAUCAUGCUCCAGUACUUGUGAUGGUUUCUGUGAUCUCUGCGAAAGACUACGAGGGAAGUUCAACCGAGAAGAAGUGGGUCAUUGGUGCGAUCUUGCAGCAAGGUUUUGAGAACAAGGAUACAUUUUAUGGAAGCUCUGGAACUUUGUUCUCUAUUAGUCCAGUCUUCCACGCAUUCUCAUCUUCAGGCAAAGAGAAGAACUUUGCGUAUAGCCAUCUGCAUCCUUCUGGUAGAGUCUAUGACGCAAACCCAAAGCCUGUUGGGAUUGGAUUCGGUGGAACACUAGGAAACGAGAGAAUAUUCAUGGAUGAAGACUUUUCUAAGAUCACAUUCCGUCAUCAUGCAGUUGAUAAAACUUACCAGCCAGGCUCUCUUUUCCCAAACCAGGGUUAUUUACAAGCAGAGGCUUUGGUGUUAGAUGUUGAAGCAUGGGCAUUAGGUGGCAAAAAGGCCAAAGAUGUUCAAGACGCAUACAAGAAGAGAGAAGAGCUUUUCACUGACCAACGUCGAAAGAUCGACUUGAAGACGUUUACGAAUUGGGAGGAUUCACCUGAGAAAAUGAUGAUGGACAUGAUGGGUAAUCCUAAUGCUCCUAGUGCUAGAAAGGAAGAGAGAGGUAAAUGA